UGCGCGCUUCACAUGUCUCCAUCAGUGGUGUGAGUUUGUGUAAUCCUCUUACUUUCUCUCCCUGCAGGGGAGGGCUGCAAAGCUCUCGCUCAUUGCGUCGCACACUUUCCUCCUCUCAUUAGUGUGCGUGUGUGCGUCUGUGUGUGUCUCAAUGUGUACGUGCCGACCGCGUGGAGUGAGCAGAACAGCAGUGUCCGGCCGAAGGGAGCCCAUGCGGUCCUUGCUAUGACUCGACCCGCCGAGCAGAUCCUUCACGCGGUGUGGAUUUUGCUGUGUGUGGCGCAGUUGACUGCAGGUCUCAAAUGCGUGUGCCAGCUGUGCGACAGCCAAGUGUGCGAGACGUCGGGCGACGGCGCCUGCUGGAACUCGGUGAUGCUGGUGGACGGCCGAGAGGAGACCCUCAAGUCGUGUCUGUCGCCGUCCCAGAUGAGAGGUCAGGUCUUCUGCUAUAGCUCCCCCAACGUCUCCAAGAGGAACUGCUGCUUCAGCGACUUCUGUAACAACGAGACGUUGCGCUUAGAGCCCGAGAGGCCUUUGGAAAGCGGCGACAACAGCCGGCUGCAGUUGGUCGCUGUGAUCGUGGUGCCCUCUUGCCUGCUGUGCGUUGGCGUCGCGCUGGGAGCGUUGCUGGUGCAGCGCCAGCGCUGCGUCUACGGCCGGGCGCGCAAACACGAGCCGGAGGAAGCCCUUGAUGAACACAUGCUCAUGUCUCCCGACAAAUGUCUCAAAGAGCUCAUCUACGACAUGAGCACCUCCGGCUCGGGAUCGGGGCUUCCGCUGCUGGUGCAGCGAACGAUAGCCCGGACCAUCGUUCUUCAGGAGAGCAUCGGGAAAGGCCGCUUCGGUGAGGUUUGGAGAGGAAAGUGGCGAGGGGAAGACGUGGCUGUCAAGAUCUUCUCCUCAAGGGACGAGAGGUCCUGGUUCCGCGAGGCCGAGAUUUAUCAGACAGUCAUGCUCAGACAUGACAACAUCCUGGGCUUCAUUGCGGCUGACAACAAAGAUAACGGCUCGUGGACACAACUGUGGUUGGUGUCGGAGUACCACGAGCACGGCUCGUUGUUCGAUUACCUCAACCGGUACACUGUGUCGGUGGAGAGCAUGGUAGUCAUCGCUCUGUCUAUAGCUGGCGGCCUGGCUCAUCUCCACAUGGAGAUCGUUGGCACACAGGGGAAGCCAGCCAUCGCGCACAGAGACCUGAAGUCGAAGAACAUCUUGGUGAAGAAGAACGGCACGGCGGUCAUCGCCGAUUUGGGCUUGGCCGUAAAACACGACUCUGGCACCAACAGCAUAGAUAUCCCCACCAACCAUCGAGUGGGAACCAAGAGGUACAUGUCCCCUGAAAUCUUGGACGAGAGCAUCAAUAUGAGCAACUUUGAGUCGUUCAAGCGGGCUGAUAUCUACGCGUUGGGUCUUGUGUUUUGGGAACUGGCCAGGAGAUGUUCAGUCAGAGGACUUCACGAGGAUUUCCAGCUGCCUUACUAUGACCUGGUGCCUUCAGAUCCGUCUGUGGACGACAUGAGGAAGGUGGUGUGCGAGCAAAAACUGCGACCAAACAUUCCAAAUCAGUGGCAGAGUUGUGAGGCUCUGCGCGUGAUGGGCAAGCUAAUGAGGGAGUGCUGGUACGCCAACCCCGCCGCCCGCCUCACCGCCCUGCGCGUCAAGAAGACCGCCGCCCAGCUGUCGACCAUCAGAGACGUCAAAGAGUAGAAACAUUUCUCAGCCCCACGACGACUUAGCCAUGCUUGACCGGGACCACCCUAGGAAGGUACCGUCCCGAGCCCACGUUUUCAGAAUACAACCCAAGAGAGGUUGCUAUCGGUGCCAAAGGAUAGAAUGAGAUGCCUGUGGCAACUUAGCGACACUGUUGUGGAGAUUAGAACCAAACAGGUAGAAUAGAAACAUGACAAUGUAUAAACCUUUGCUACCUCGCGUAUUGAAGUGCCGGAAGAUUGCUCCUAGUCGCCUUGUUGUGCCAACACGGUCUUGUAGCCAACGCGGUGUUGUAAAAGAUUAGUGUGCUACUCGCCAAGACAGCCAUACUUCCUUUUAAAUGGCACACCUCGGACAAUGUGUAUGUUUUUCGCUAAGGAUCUGUCAUGAGAGGUGUGUUAUAUUUUGCACCCCAAGUCAACAGGGGUCAGCAGUGAUCCAGCGCCCCUAGUUUUUACUUAAUACUACUGUCCGUAAGAGUUGAACCUCUAAUGGUUGAACACAAUAUUUUUCACAGCUCAGAACAACAUCCAAUUUGUUUAAAACAAAAAUCCAGCUGAUAAAGAUUUAAAUCUACCUCAUUAAACCGCUAAACUCUCUCAAAUGAAAAUGAAUAUGUACUGUAAAUUUAAGACACCACAGAAAAGAGUCUUAACAACCCCACCUAAUUUGUUCGAUUAGGAAAAAAAGGCUAUAGUGGUUUACCGCUAAUCCCUGAUCGAAAACAAUGACGGAAUAUGUUCUCGAUAUGUAGCCUUCUUGGCAUGCUAGCUCACUAUUGCCUCCUGAGGAGCACAGUGAAAUUACAAGACAAGUUGGCCUUAGUGAAGAAUGUAAAAAAAUGAAUUGUCUCCAUAUUGUUCAUUUUGUGUUUUUUAAGACUUAUAUACAAAUGUUAAAAAGAUUAUACACAGUUGUAAGCAUUCCGCUACCCAAAGGUGCCGAAUGCUCAUUUUUGGGACAUACCGACGGCUCAUCCACGAAUGUGAAAUGUAUGGAUUUUUCCACUUUGUGAUUUUAUUUGAACUGUCAAAAACCAAAGUUGCCUGAACACCUGACAGAUGUUAUUUGGAAUCGGGAAAACAUCGCACUUUAAGAGAACAACAGGUGUGCUGCAGAAGGGAAAGUGCACACUGUUACUUGUGUGUUUUUGGACUUGGAUAUUGAACUUGAAUCUCUGAGAUGAUUGUGGUCCACAUCGCGUUGAGCCAUCCAUUUUUGUGCACUCGUGUUUGAUAAUGGAGGAACAGGACAGAAAUGUAGCAAAUGUAAGCACAUUUUUUUGCAGCUUUUUGUCAAAGUAGCCUGAUAAAGAAAUGCAAACGCAGUAUUGACAAAUGCACUUUAUUUGUUUUAUUUUUUUUGGCUUGAUUUUCAAUCAUUCCUAACAAAGCUUUAAAAACUUCCAUUGUGUCAUAUAUGCUUUUCCAGGAGAGUCAAAUUAAUUCUAAAAUGGAGUGAUUUUUUUUUUACCACCACCAAUAACGGAACACCAAGACUGUUGUGUUCAUCUUUAAGGUUUUCAAAGUAUUCACGAACGUAUCGUUUAGAUUUGACUGCUGUAAUAGUCUUUCCUGUGCAUAAUUGCAUUGUCGCUUCUAUUUUGCACUAUUUAUUAAAAGUGAGCCAAUAAAGCUUUUUGGUGAGUGAUGAA